CUCUUUUGCUCUGCUUUCUGUCGUGGUGUCCGGCUUUCUCUUUUGUGGAUGAUUGGAUAUGUUGCUUUAAUUGGACUUUGUGUUUUUUUUUUCUUCUUCUUGGUGAAGGGAUGAUCUUUCUUUGUCAUUUAGCGAUCCUCAUUGAAGAUUAUUUCCAAGCAAAAAACUGUUUUCAAUCUGUUCUGUUUGUCAACCACCCAUGAAAAAGAACUGGGGAAGGGGAGUCAAGUUGAUCUCUUUUGAGAUGUAUGGCCUAUUGGAUAUAUUCAUGUUGUAUUAUGGUGGCUGAUCCUUUGAGAUGCAUGGAAUAUUGGAUAGCUUCUUUCAUCGAUUGAUCAAAGAUUCUGACUUCGGAAUUUGUUUAUGUAUCUUGGGAAAAAACCCAUCCCAACAUGUUCCUGAAUUAGAGUUGUGUUUGAUGGUACAAGAUCAGAUAUAACUGAGGAACUAUCCUAUACUGGAGAAUUGAAACCUGCGAUGCUUAUCUCCACAUUUUGAUUUUCAAAUGGAUGAAACUAUGGGUAAGAAAGUUGCUGAAGGGCAUGAUUUUUCUAGUAGAGGGUCCAGCAUUGUUUUUAGAGACCAAAAUCAUGAUGCUAGAAGCAUUCAGUAUUGCAAUAGAUUAGGAUGCAGCACCAGGCUUAAUUCCAUUAAAGGAACCCAAAUUGGCAACAUAGAAAAAGCCAAAUAUGUAAAGGCUUCUUUUCAUUCUACAAGCAGCAAGACCACCACAGGAGACUCUUCUAAGUCAAUAUCUUCUUGUAGUGGCUACCGAAAGAAUUUCCAGGACAGACAGAAACAAACAUUACAACGAGAGAAGGCUAUAGCAGAAACUGGUAACAGGCAAGGGAAGAUUGAAGAUUCGGAGUGCAAUGACACGCAGGGUUUCCUAGAAGAUUUCGAUGUCAGAUCAAAGGAUACAGAAGAUUCAGAAUUUUCAGAAUCCAAUCCCACAUCAGCUGGCAUUCAGACAGCGCUGCCAGAUUCGAAGGAUCUUGGGUUUCCAAUUCUUGAAGGGUCAUCUAUGAACACAACGGAGUCGUCAGGUAGCUGCACCAUUGCAUCAAGUUCAAAACCUUGUAAGCAAAUUAAACGUCAACUAGGUUCUGGCGAUCGGGUUGUAUCUUCAAGAUCCUUUUUCCGGCAUUCGGCUUAUGCAUCUAGAAACUCUGCUGAUGCUGCUAGACCUGCUUCUCAAGUUCUGGGUACAGGGGUGCAUAAGUGUGGUCUUAAAACUGUAGGGGUAUCAGAUGUUCUUCCUUCUGGUUGUUCAUCAUCUGACUUCAACUGCGAUAGGCGGACUGAUGCAGUCAGGAAGAGACCCUCUGGUAGAGAGAGUUCUGCUGCCAAAGGCAAGGGUGAAAGUGGCCCCUCAACUGGAAGAUAUCUAGGUUCUACGCAAACUGGGAUUUCUGACUCUGGUCGAUCUCUUCCACAACAACUAAAGCCUCAGCAAAAUUUCAUAAGGACUGGGAACCGACCUAGUAGCAGGGAUAGUGGAGUUUCAGUUAGAACCCAUCGAGCAUCUACUGGGGAUGCUAGAAGAAGGCUAUCCGAGCAAGGGGUCAGCGAUAUCCUUCCAGUACAUGAGCCUAUUAUGAUCCCUCACUUGCAGCAGAAUCGAGUUUCUAUCCAAGAAACUGUUCCAGAAAGCUCAUCACGUUCAUUUUCUGUAGAGCUGCCAAAUGUCUUGGUUAGUUCGUCUGAACAUCCAGGUUCAGGUAGCCGGGCUAAUCGAAAUAGAAUGGUUUCUCGUCCUGAAGGUAGCGGCACACAUAUUUCCAGCAGCACUUUGGGAGAUAGAGAUGGCUACAGACACUUCAACAUGGACAGAAUUGCAGAGGUAUUGCUGGCUCUAGAGAGGAUUGACCAAGAUGAGGAGUUAACAUAUGAGCAAGUAUUGGUGCUAGAAACAAAUUUGUUUUUAGGGGGCCUGAGCUUCCAUGAUCAGCACAGGGACAUGAGAAUGGACAUUGAUAAUAUGUCCUAUGAGGAACUGUUAGCCCUGGAGGAGAAGAUGGGUACCGUCAGCACAGCCCUUUCAGAGGAGCAAUUGUCAAAAUGUCUUAAGAGAAGCAUAUAUAGACCUGCUUCUGAGGUCUUGGGAAUCAUGGAUUCUGGUGAUGACACUGAAUGCAGCAUAUGCCAGCUUCACAUUCUGAUGAAGGCUGGGGAAACCAUUUUACAGAUUAGCAACUUUAGCCCAUUUUAUAUGCCUGAUGUUCAUCGUUGCAAAGUCAUGAAGGCCAUUCUUUCGAUAUUAAUUGAUACAGCAUCUGUCUUGGUGCAUUCGGGAUCAGUCCUUGCAUUUGGUGGUUUUUCAUUGACUACUGGUUGCUCUCUAAAUUUUGCCGCAAUUGGAGCUACAUGAACCAUAUUAUUGUGUAUGGCCCAUGUUAUACUACAUCUUGAUUCAUCUUUACCUAACACCGAAUCUAUAUAUACUCCAUUCCUUCUACUUGAUCUUUAAUGAAUACCAGAGUGUGCCCA